CUGCUCUGAGACGCUGCGUGGCAGAAUGCGUCGCGCUGUUCUUUUGACUGUGUCAUUGGCCCUCCUUACAUCGGCAGCCAAUCUCAAAUGUGGCUACUGGACAUGUCCCGAGGGUAAAGCUGGCGUACUGAACAUUCACUUGGUGCCAUACUGGCGGCUGGACAACGAAGGUGUCGAGGCUAAGAACAGCUUCAGCUCCGUCCUGCAGGAACUGUCUCCAGAUUCACCUCGACGCUUCUCCUUUGACCACGUCUCUCUCCUGUCCCGUUGGUGGGAGGACCAGAAUGUGAGCUCCCGCUCCCGGCUUCGGCUCCUGGUAGACUCAGGCCGUGUGGAACCAGUGGGCGGUGGAUGGACGCAAACCGACGAAGCCGCCGUCCACUACACCUCUUUCGUAGAUCAGCUCACGCUGGGGCUCCAAUGGCUGGAAGACCACCUGGGCGAUUGCGCCAGGCCACGCGUCGCUUGGCAACUGGAUCCUUGGGGUCACUCAGUGGAAAUGGCUUCGCUCUUCGCGCAGACUGGCCUCAAUGGGAUAUUCCUGGGACGCAUGUCCCCGCCAGGAUACAAGUUCCUCUGGAAGGCGGACUCUACUCUCGGAGACUCCGGGGAGAUCUUCGGUGUGUCCACGGAACGCGGUUGGCCAGAGGGCUUCUGCUUCGACCCCGGCUGUACUAAGGACAAACUCACCGUGGCCAACGGAAUGAAGAAAGCGGAGACGUUUAUUCGAAACGUCACGUCCAAGCCUCGCAAGACGAACCAUAUCCUCGUGCCCCUGGGUGGAGACUUUCAAGUGGCUGCUUACAGCUACGAAAACAUCGACAACCUAAUUCGUUACGUGAACGCAAAGCACCGGAGUUUGCCCAAGGUCCGUGCCUUCUACUCCACGCCCUCGUGUUACUUGCGAGCGUUGCUGGAGACGAAUUCGGAGUGGCCCGAGAUGGACGGCCACGAUCUGUUCCCUCAUUCCCAGGGCCCCGCAUACUCCACGGGUAUGUACAGCAGCCGCCCAGCGCUGAAAGGCAUCAUUCGCCGGGCCGGAGCGCAGCUUGAAGUCUGUAAGCAGCUCUCCGUACUGGGCUUCGUGCACAGCAAGGACGUCACGGCAUUAAGAGGAACCGUGGCCCUUGGUCAAAGCCACAAUAUAAUCACGGGCACCGGACGUGGCGAACUCCUUUCCGACUACGAAGCGCGGUUACAAGCCGGAGUGGCACAGUGCACCUUGGUGAUGGACGAAGCGCUGCGCGUCCUCCUGUGGGAAGGCAACUCUGUGAGCCAAAUGCAACUCAACCAUUGCAACGGCACGGAUCGUGGCUGCUUGGACGUCGAUGAAAGCUGGCUAAUCAUCUAUAAUCCCCUGUCUUUCUCCUAUGCCUUGUACAUCCGCUUGCCGGCAAAAUCUGGCUUUACGUACCUAGCUGACGGGAAGCCGAUUCCCAACGUACCCGGCACCAACGAGGCAGUUGCCCGUGUGGAACUGGAAGCCCUGGGACCCGUAGCCGUGCAUCUCUCACGCUCUGAAGCGUCCACCAUCACCACAGUCCCGCCCCUUCCAACAAAGAGCCACAAGGCCAAGAGCAAGCUAAUGGUCAUACGAAACAAGCGCUAUCGCGUUCUUGUGGACACCACGACGGGUCUUCUCAGCGGCGUCAUGCUUCGAGGCGGCCAGCAGGUGGUGCUCAGACAAACUUUCAUGGCGUACCAUGCCUACCAGGGCACCAGUCGACCUGCCGCCGACGCGCGAAUCUUCAGUCCGGUUAACGAAGAGCCCUUCCACUUGGGUCAUAACGUUACCUACCGUAUCAUCAAGGGAUCUCUUGUGCAGGAACUGCACCAGGAGUUUGGGCCUUGGCUGCGUCAAGUGGUACGCCUCUACGAUAGCGAGGACGUUAUCGAGCUCGAGUGGGAAAUGGGCGCCGUUCCGGUGGAUGACCGCAAGGGUAAAGAGAUCGUCACGCGAUUUGAAUCUACAGUCCGCUCCGGAGAUCGCUUUUCUACGGACAUCAACGGGAGACGAAGCAUCGAGAGACGGCGGAAGCACCAGGACGGCAGUCCCGUAGCCGCCAACUUUUAUCCAGUUACAUCGUGGGUAUUUCUCACGGACGAUGCAAAAGACCUACAGCUGACUGUGUUCCCAGACCGCUCCCAAGCCGCUUCCAGUCCUGGACCAGGUAGAAUAGAACUCCUCGUCCAGCGAAGGCUUCUCGGCGACCCAGAGGAGAAGGUCACGGGCAAACACUGGAUCCACUUGGGUUCCGUCGAAGAAGGUCAACGAUUCUUACGCACCUUCGGCAGCCGCGUCGCGUACCCACCGGUCUUGGCUAUGGUGGACGCGAGGCACACUUACUUCACCAACCUCACGCGCACCCGGUGGAGCGGCCUGAGGCAACCGUUACCGGAGCACCUGCACCUCCUCAGCCUGGAGCGCAUAUCAGGGGAGAGACUGCUGGUUCGUUUCGAGUACGCUCCACCGGGAAAAGGACAAUCACCCGUACAUUUUCCGGUGUCGCGGCUGCUGAAGAACCAGGUGCUGUACCAGAUCUUGGAGACAUCUUUGGGGUCCACACAAGACAAGGACGAGAUCUUGCAUUUUCUGUGGCGGCGUCGUUCUCCAGUGAGCGAGGCUCAACGCAUGCGCGUCUGGCUCAAGCGAGGGACCCGAAGCCGCUUUGAGGACACCGUUUCCUUCAGGCCAGGACAGAUCCGGACAUUCGUGGCACGAGCCGAUCGCCUCAGGUCCCGCCUUCUUCCUCCCUGACUGGGACAGGGACAAGGCUGGGGAAGGUUAAAUAAACUAUGACUGUGCACAAUCAAUGACUGAUGCAUACCUGA